UUCAGACACGACAACACGUAAAACUCAUCUAAUAAUAUUAAUAACAAUAUAUUAGGAAAUCGUGAAUACACAAGUUGAGUGUUUGAUCGGCUCCAGAAGACGAAGUGAUUCUUUUUGUACUGUUCUUGUUUCUCUAACAUCCUGAUGUCCGUUGUCGUGUCAGUUGUGUGUUCACUGGUUGUGUGUUCACUGGUUGUGUGUUCACUGGUUGUGUGUCGGGUCAUCUCUCUCUUCGUGCUGGUUCUGUCUUGUGUGUCUCUCAGUAUUUUUUAUAUGUGACACGUUCAUCUUGUUAUUGUUUGGAUUUGUCCUCCUGAAUGACUGACGCUGAUCAUUAGCCUGCGAGCUGACACCGACACAGUCACAGACAUGUUGUGAUGAGCACAGACGUGAGACGGAGACACAGCAUGUUCACGUGAACCAUGAGUGAGUUUGAAGCUGCUACUCAAAAAUGUUCAGAGGAAAAUGAGAGAAUAGCUCGAGACAUCAGACUGUAAUGAUGACCUCACCACUGAGAACCAGAGAGAACCACUGAGAACCCAUCCAUGAUCCUCACCCGCUGCUCCAGAGUCUCAUCAUGUCCAUGGACAUGGCUCUACCUCUGUACCUGCCCCAGGAGGAGUUUGUCUACAGGACGACGAGCACAACCUUCACACCGGCUCUGACCUUUCAACCGUCUGACUGCGUGGACCCGUCCCAGCCUCAGGACAGAGCGGCGUCCUGUGGAGACGCAGGACAUUCCAAAAAGAAAGUGUGGUUUGCUGAUGACAGAGGUUUGUCUUUAACCAAGGUGAAGGUUUUCUCCCAGUUCAACGAUCCCAUCGAUAUUCCUGCUAACAUCCAGGAGAUGCUGAGCGCCUCUCUGAGUCUGACGGCCGAGGAGGACAAACUGGUGCUGGACUUCGUUCAGCCGUCCUCGGACUACCUGCUCUUCCAUCAGAGGCUGGAGAGGAAGCUGGUGAGCCUGGAGCGCUGCGUGCUGAAGGACAAGACGCUGACAGGAACCGUCAAAGUCAGAAACACGUCGUUUGAGAAGCGUGUGACGCUGCGGGUGACCUUUGACACCUGGAGGAGCCACGUGGACGUGGACUGCGUGUACACGAAGGACACGUAUCCCGGCUCGCUCAGCGACACCUUCUCCUUCCAGGUGUCUCUGCCCGAGGCUCUGCUGCCUCACCAGCACGUGGAGUUCGCCGUCUGCUACGAGGCGGAUGGAUGCAAGUUCUGGGACAGUAACCACGGCACCAACUACAGGAUCGUGUGGUCCUCGAUGAAGACGAGUCCCCGGGACGCCUGCGGACGCCACACGGGCUCCCGGGACUUUGGGAUCCAUUUUGACCCGUACGGCAGCCCCACCUGCUCACAUGGGAUCUUCCCUGAUUGGCCGAGUUAUGCAGGAUACGAGAACAUCGGCCCGUACUACUGAACACGUGUCUCUGCUCAUUAACAUGUGAGAGUUUAAUUACUAUGAAUAUUCUGUGAAAAUACAUCGGUCAAAUAUUGAGUAGAAAAACAUAAAAUUAGAUUUUAUUUCAAGCAUUUAUCAAUAGACAUGUUUUAAUACCUUUUCAUCAUAUGAGUUUGUUUAUUUUUCAAUGAGAUUCAUUCUAGUUCAUUGUGUUAGAUAUAAUUGUUAAUAAAGUAGUUUUGAUGAGGAAACACUGACCUGACUCAUCAUCUCUGACUCUUUCAUGGAGGAAGUUGCUAUAUCUUCAAGACACUUUAAAUAAAGAUGGACGACAUGAUUGCUUCCAAAAGUGAAGCCAAAGCGUCUUGAUCGCCCCCUGGUGUCUGGCUGGAGAAUAGGUCAUAAACCCCGCCUCCUCCACUUAAAGAUUCAAAGCAGGCGUUUAUCACCAAAUGACGUCAUCAGCACAAGAUGGCAGCGUUUGAACCUGAGGGAUUUUGGCUUAAUUUGUGGAGGAAGUGUGUCGUCCAUCUUUAUUAACAGUAUAUGGUCAUAAAGACAAAAUGUUGACCUCAUGGUGGCGCUGGAGGACAGUUGGUGGCGUCCGUCCUCUGAACAAA